UUGUGGCGCCAAACAAAACCAGUGAACCCGAAGCACCGAGCCUUAUCGUGUCAGUGCCCCGAGUUUCAGAGGUUACAACACAACGAUGUCGUUAACAAUGGCUUCCCUCUCAAAGCCUGCCACCAGUGAACUUCUUCUCUACCCAAAAUGCUCCAAAAUCAUACGCCAGAAAUGGCGAAUCAGAGCCUCCUCUGCUGCCCCUGGCGUCGACCUCAAGACCCUCGAAUCGGCCAUUGCCAAGAAAGAUAGCACUGCCGUUAAAGAGGCACUUGAUCAGCUGAAUGAAGUUGGUUGGGCCAAGAGAUGGAGUUCUCAGCCAUAUGUUUCCCGCCGUAUGGUCAGUCUCCAUUACAAACAUCUCUUCGGGAAUUGACAACUCUUGGAAUGAAAAAUGCCGAGAACCUUGCAAUCCCAAGUGUCAGAAAUGAUGCGGCUUUCCUUUUCACUGUGGUUGGCACAACAGGAUUUUUAGGCGUUCUUGCUGGUCAGCUUCCUGGGGACUGGGGUUUCUUUGUGCCUUACUUGAUUGGAAGCAUAUCUUUAGUUGUUUUGGCUGUGGGAAGCACUUCUCCUGGGCUUCUUCAGGCUGCUAUUGGUGGCUUUUCAUCAUUUUUUCCUGAUUAUCAGGAGAGGAUUACCAGUCAUGAAGCAGCUCAUUUUUUAGUUGCUUAUUUAAUUGGCCUUCCCAUUCUGGGCUAUUCGCUGGAUAUUGGAAAAGAGCAUGUCAAUCUCAUUGAUGAAAGGCUGGAAAAGCUGAUAUACAGUGGGCAGCUUGAUACCAAGGAACUAGACAGGCUGGCAGUGGUAGCAAUGGCUGGACUGGCAGCAGAAGGUCUGAAAUAUGACAAAGUGGUUGGUCAAUCAGCUGAUCUUUUCACUCUUCAGAGAUUUAUUAACAGAAGCAAGCCACAGCUUAGCAAAGAACAGCAACAGAAUCUCACUAGAUGGGCUGUUUUGUUUGCAGGAUCCCUCUUAAAAAAUAACAAGGUGAUUCAUGAUGCCCUAAUCUCAGCAAUGUCAAAGAAGGCAACUGUACUGGAGUGCAUCGAGGCCAUUGAAAAAGCUUCAUAGUUAGAUCAGAAUCUUCAUCAUACUUGAACUUUCAAACAUGUAGCUUUUCAUCAUCCUUGGCCUCAGUCAUUUUUGCAAUGGAAGCAAUGUAGAUGGUUUUCAAGAGUACCUUUGCCUGCUAGGCUACAAAAUAUUUGUUCCCUAUAUGUAAUUAAUUAACAAUUAUACACUAUAUAUAUAUAUAUAUAUAUAUAUGCUCUUGGGUAUUGCUGUUA